GCUCAUCGCCGCCACGCCCUAGAUUUGUGCAUUACCUCUGCUCUAGGAUGUAGGCGAGACCACUCGUGUUCCCAGCUUCCUUGCAAAUCCCAUCUAGAGCCGGCCAUUGUGCAGCUGGCCUACCUCCCCUUUCCUGUAGGUGGAGUUUCCCUAGGAAAUGGCCUUGGCAGGAAGCUGCAGGGCGAAGUCUGCAUUUCGGGGGGGGGGGAAUACACGCUCUCUGCUCUUUCCAAGCCCCCAGCUCAGGGGGGGUUGAGCGCUAGCAAGAGAAGCAGUUGUACAAUCUCUGGCAUUAUUUGGAGAGUCUGAUUUUCCUGCAGCAAGAAAGGUAGCAAUGGAUCUUGCCUCUAAGGAAGGCUUUGUCUUCUUUUGGAGUCUUUAGGAUAGUCAACUUCCAGACCAACCCCACGUGCAGAGGGGCUGAAAUUUGCAAUGCCACCAUUCAGAAGAAUGUCCUUGGCGCUAUGUGUUCCUAUACUGUGCUCUUCUUUUCUGCUGAUGGAUUGCCAGGAAGUUUCUACAUUCACCAUGCAGUAUCAGAUUCUGGAGGAAGUACAGCCUGGGACUGUUCUGGGAAGGCUGUCGGAAGAAAUUGGCCGGACAGAGGGCAGUCGGGGAACCUUCCAGCUGCUUCAGCCUUCUGCAGCGUUUCCCAUACAGAUGGACUCUCGAGAUGGUUUGCUGAGCACCGCAGGGAGGCUGAACAGGGAGCGGCUCUGCCACCAUAGAGACCCGUGUGUCCUCUCAUUCAGCGUUCUAGCAGCCCAAUACUUCACCCUGAUCCAUGUGGAGAUCCACGUCUUGGACAUCAACGAUAACGGGCCUCGGUUUCCUCAAGCGGCACUGGAACUGGAGAUAUCUGAAAGUGUAUCCUUACAGACCCGAAUCCCUUUGGGUCGAGCCGUGGACCCAGAUGCUGGAUCUAAUGCUUUCUGUUCCUACUUCUUGUCACCCAGUGAGCACUUCGCCUUGGAGGUCACAGCCGGUUCUGACGGAACUCAGCAGCCAGAGCUGGUGGUCAUUAAAGAAGUGGACCGGGAGCUCUACUCCUCGUUUGAGUUGCUCUUGACUGCAGUCGAUCACGGAGUGCCCCCUAGAUCUGGGACCGCUAUUGUGACCGUGAAUGUGCUCGACUCCAAUGAUAACAGCCCCAUGUUUGCCCAGGGUUCUGUGUCCGUGGAGAUCAGGGAAGAUGCUUUGGCCGGGACUCUUCUGAUCAACCUCACUGCCACUGAUCCCGAUCAAGGACUUAACGGAGAGAUUGAAUACUCCUUCAGCAAACAUGUUUCUGAGGAGGUGCUCAGAACGUUUGCUGUGGAGGGUCACACAGGCGGCGUCCUUUUGCAGCAGUCACUGGAUUAUGAGAAGAACUCAGCCUACGAGUUGGAGGUGCAAGCCAGAGACCAGGGUGCCAAUUCCAUUCCAGCUCACUGCAAGCUCUUCAUACGUGUUCUGGAUGUCAAUGACAAUACGCCCGAGAUCCAAGUCAUCUGGGCGAAACAAGCAGCCAUAGUAUCAGAAGCUGAACCCCAGGGCAGCUUUGUUGCUCUAGUGACAGCAUUUGACCCCGAUUCGGGCCGUAAUGGGCAGGUGGAUUGUUACAUCAGGCAAGGUGAGGAACACUUUGCCUUGAAAAGGUUCUCGCCUGGCAGCUACAUGUUGCUAACAAAUGCCCCCUUGGACAGGGAGAGCUGGACACAGCACCACCUGACCUUGCUGGUCCAGGACCGAGGGACCCCAUUGCUGGCCAUAACCAGACAUUUCACUGUUCAUGUCAGUGAUGUGAACGACAACAUGCCCUGUUUUGAAACAAACCAUUAUCAUGUUUCUAUUGAAGAGAACAGUGAGCCGCCUUCUGUUUUAGUUAUGGUCAGGGCCCAAGACGCAGACUCAGGCCUUAAUGGGAAAGUUGUGUACAGAAUCCCAGAUCCUCUAGUUCUAGAGUGGCUCACUAUUGAUGCCAGCACUGGGGAAAUCAGGGCCCAUGCGGCUUUUGAUGCCGAGAAGAUUACCAGCCUUGACUUCCUUGUAAUAGCAGAAGAUAUGGGCCAGCCUCAGCUAUCGGCCAACGUUUCCGUGACAGUCACUGUGCUCGAUGUGAAUGACAAUCACCCAGUGGUAAUAAAGCCAGAGCUGGAAGGUGGCCGGGCAAGUGUCACUGCCCUUGUGGAUCCUGACACUGGACAUGUGCUGGUGCCCAAGGAAGAAAGGAGCUCCGAACUAGCCGCCUCGGUUAAUGCUCCCCUGCUGCUCACUAUACUGGCAACCGAUGCAGACUCAGGAAUGAAUGGGAUAUUGCUGUACAGCAUCCUGAGUGGCAAUGAAGCCGGCAUCUGUGUCCUUGAUCCCCAGUCCGGGCAGCUUUAUCUGAAUGGGAGCGAUGCUAGCAGCCUUGUGGGCAGGGAAUUGGACCUGGUGAUAUCUGUGAGUGACCGAGGCUCGGUGCCGCUCUCCGCCAGAUUUCUGGUGAAGAUAACAUUCAAGAGGCAUUGUGAGCGCAUGCCCGAUUCUUUCCCGGUGUCCCAGCCCCUCAGCCCCUCUGUGGUGACGGGAAUCUGCCUUGUAGGGUUGCUUGCCAUCUCUUUGGUAGGCUUGGGGUUGGUUAUGUCCCUGUGUAAAAGGGAGAAGCACGGCAACAUGGCAUAUAACUGUCGGGAAGCAGAGCAGGCUUACAGCCAACAGCAACCCAAGAAACCCCCCAAACCCAUCCAGAAAGCAGACAUCCACGUCGUGCCUGUGCUGCGGCAGGAGGAUGCCCAGCAGCGUCAGGCUGAGAUAGAGAAUCCAUCAGAAGCUGCCUGGCUUAAGGCCUUGGGGGUGCCAUGCCACAUGACACCCACUCUGUACCGGACCCUCAGGAACCAGAGAAAUUCCAGCAGCCUUGCUGAGCAGGCUCCUUUGUAUGCACAAAGGUUCAGAAGCCCCACCGCUCGGGAUGUGCAGCCCACAGAUAAAAAACUACUCGAUUCCAUCUUCUGGCCUAAAGACCACUUGUCGGAGAAGGCUAAGGCAGGUCCAGAGGAGGCUCCGAGUCGCCAGCACAUCUUGAGAAGCCUUGUGAGGCUUUCUCUGGCAGCUCUUGCCGAGCAAGGCCCCGGAGGACAACUAGCCAUGGAAUCUGCCCCAGUCCAGCAAAUCUCGCAGUUGUUGUCUCUACUGCAUCAGGGCCAAGUGCAGCCAAAGCCCAACCACAGAGGGAACAAGUACACUGCCAAGAAUGCUUGUUGCAGGAACCCCAAUUCAAAUGUUGAAGAUCUCAUCACAAAGGAGGGCAGCGGCUGUGAACACCAUGACUGGGAGCUGCUGGGAAAGGAGCUAGGGAACCUACUGGACUGCCCAUCUGGGCUGGAUCUUGAUCAGCUGAACGUGGAAGACCCAGCAUGGAUGGCGAGGCUGUCCUUUCCCAUCUCAACUGACUACAAGGACAAUAUUGUGUCACCAGGGGCAGUGCCGUCUCCACUGAGCAAGGAAACCACAGGCAGAGAUGAACCUCACACUUUUGCAACCUUUGGCAAAGCAGCUGGGCACAAGCCAAACUCAGCGGAGCCCAGGCUCUCCAGCGCCUUCCUCUCAGAGAUGAAUACACUUUUUGAGAAGAUCUUGGCUCAGAAAGUCAGUCCCCAGGUAGAUUCAUGAUUGGGGCUGUUGAGCAACUCUCAGAAUGUAGUGAGCCCCAAGAUCCGACUAGAGAUGAUGUGGGGGCUGAAACUGACAGUGCUUUGUGCA